AUGCAAUCUUCUCAUUAUACGUCUUUGACAACAGCUUCGGAAUCUAAAGUAAUGGCUGAACCCAGAGUAUCUUCCAUUGAUGGGAAGUUAGCUGAAGAAUUUGCAGUCCCCUCCCACGUUGAGGAGGUCAAAGAGAAGAUGGCUACUUUCGCCAGGCAUCAUGACGCAGCCGGUCGCAGGGUGGUUCUCAUAACAUCAGGAGGCACCAAAGUUCCCCUAGAGUCUCGCACUGUUCGCUUUCUCGAUAACUUCAGCAGCGGCAGACGAGGAGCCUCCUCAGCAGAGUAUUUCAUAGAUUCGGGCUAUGCUGUCAUUUUCCUACACAGGCAUCGCUCCCUCUAUCCCUACACACGUAUGUUCUCAACCAUAAACAUGCUGGAUGCCCUGAAGUUCCGAGGUGGAGAAGGAGCAUCCAGUAACUCUGGUGAAGUGGUGGUUAACCAGCAGGUCCUUCCCAACAUAGCCAAAGCGCUAAAGCGAUACCAGGAAGUGAAAGAAGGUGAACUCCUUCUGCCCAUUGAGUUCAGCACUCUGUCAGAAUAUCUGCAUCUACUCAAAGCAGCAGCACAGGCACUCAGCACUAUAGGAUCCAAGGCCAUGUUUUACUUGGCUGCAGCUGUGUCGGAUUUCUAUAUCCCAGCAUCUGAGAUGCCUGAACACAAAAUCCAGUCUUCCAAUGGACCUCUUCAACUCAGCAUGAAUAUGGUCCCCAAGAUACUGUCCCCGCUGGUGAAGGACUGGGCGCCUCAUGCUUUUGUCAUAUCUUUUAAGCUUGAGACGGAUGCAACCAUCCUGCUGGACAGGGCUCGGCGAGCUCUGGACACCUACAGGCACCAGGCUGUGGUGGCCAACGUGCUGGACUCUAGACGGGGUUACGUGGUGGUGGUGACCCGUGACUCUCAGGCUGAGCUGAUGGUCACAGAGGAGGAUGUGAAGAAUGAGGUGGAGAUAGAGGAGAGGAUAGUGAGCAACCUAACAUUGGCACACAACAAGUUUAUAACUCAACAAGCAGGCUGACAGUUAUCUGUACUGCAUGUUUGAGUGAAUGGCACAGCUGUAAGUUGUUUGUGCUCUUAACCAAACCUAAAUUUGACUUAAAUUAAUUUUCCUGUUCUGCUGAUGAGUUUCUGUAUAUUCAGUAUGCUGUUUGGUUGCAUAACCUUAAUAAUAACUCUAAACACAUGCCUCCCCUUGUCCUUUAAUGUAAUCUAAAAGCAGGCAUCUAAGCGUAUGUGUUCCAUUUACGUCAGAACUUCGAAGCUGAGAAUCCCGUCACACCCGUGUCAGAUUUUCAUUAGUUCUAGCCCGGUUAGCCAUAGGUAGCGAUGCCAGUUUAUAACAACGCAUCACGCUGUUUUUUGGGCCUACAAACAAGCGUAACAUGUCCACAGAGAAUAUGGACAGCACUGUGUGUACAAUUGGUUUAGUGAGACACAAAUAACACAGAAGUGCUGUAUGUUACUACAGCUUUCACAACUGUUGGUACACGGAGCAGCCUCGUUGGACCGAGAUCAGCCCGAGUUCAGGGGGCGUUUGCGACCUUGACCUCGGAAAAUCCGACUUACGAGAACAAAUGGAACGCACUAUUUUAAGGGUGGCGCUGUACAUGGACAGUAUACAAUUGAAAGUUUAUUGAAUGUCAAUUCACAUUGCACAAUGAUCUAGAACAGGAAAAAAUAUUUUGAUGUAUUUUUUUACAAAAGUGAAUAAUUCAGUGGCAUGCUUUACUACACACCU